GUGCUCGUCCCGGCGCACGGCCAGAGCGCCUUUUCCUGGCCGCUGCGGCUUCGUUCCUGCCAGGCCGAAACUCCCGCAGGAGGGUCUGUCUGAUGUCUGUCUGUCAGUGCUAACAGGGACCAGUCCUGGCAGCCCUGAGCUAGCCCGCGGGAUCCAAAGCGCUUCCCCCACGCGGGGCGGCGUUGGCAAGGGGCGUCGGGGCGGGACGGCGGGGGCGGACAGGCCUGGGGGCGCCGGGCGGGGCUGGGUUGCCGCUGGUGCCGGGAGGCCCCGCCCGUGCCCCCGAGGGUGCCGCCUCCCGAGCUGCCUGUGGGUGACCCCAGCAGCCCCGGCCCGGAGCCGACUCCACUCCGCACGGGCUCUGUCGGCGCCCCAGCCCGGGUCGGCUGCUGGCUUCUCAGCUAAGGACCGGCUUGAGGAAGACAUCCUGAGUCCCCGGAGGAGUCAUAGGAAUACUCAGAAAGUUUGCGUGGGAAGUUUGAGCUCCAGCACCCACACCUCGAAGGCUGAGAUGAGGCUGUUGAAUUCCACGGCCGGAAUGCCCUUCCUGAGCCAGCUGUGGCAGGGGACGGUUCCACAGGACAGCACCCCAUCCGGCCUGGCCCGCCGCUCAGCCAGCGAGGACGGCAAGCUGGCGGCCCUCUACAUUCUCAUGGUGCUCGGCUUCUUCGGCUUCUUCACGCUGGGCAUCAUGCUGAGUUACAUCCGCUCCAAAAAGCUGGAGCACUCGCACGAUCCAUUCAACGUGUACAUAGAGUCGGACAACUGGCAGGAGAAGGACAAGGCGUACUCCCAGGCCCGGAUUUUGGAGAGCUACAGAGCAUGUUAUGUCCUUGAAAAUCAGCUGGCUGUAGAACGACCCGACACAUACCUUCCCUUGAUGAGGCCUUCCACAUGAGCCCCAUAUCUGGUUCACACUGGAUAAACCCUCCAUGACAGUCUUUGUUUUCUAAUCACAAGCUUCUCAUAUUCUUUAUUGAACAUAACUUUUUUUUUUUUUUUUUUGCUUUUGGAAGGAAUGAGGGGAUAGAAUAGUGACACUAUUUUUCUAAAAUCAUAGUCUUCUGACAAUAGACUGCCAGUUGUUUCCCAAUAGCCAUCCUUGCCUUGUUAGUUUUAGCAGAAUCCCUGAGAUUGUGGCCUCAAGAAUAAGAGCUGCCUAUCCUGGACUCCCUUGCAGCUACCAAGAUCAUGUGACUCAAGUUCAAGCCAGUAGAAGUGGAAGUGAUAAGUGCAUCGUCUGAGUACUCCUUGAAAUAAGAAAGGCCAUGCCCCCCCUUUCCUCUCCCUCCCUUCCCAGUGGCUGGCCGUGGAUGAGGUGGUGAGCCACCUUUGGCUCUGGCAGGGGACAGCACACUCCCAGGUGGCAGAGCAACAAAAUUCUGGGUCCCUGGGCAACGUCCCAGAGCAGGCUCUCCCUCCCCCCGGACUACUCACUACAGCUUGCUUUUGGACUUCUAGCCUCCAAAACCAUGAGGCGAUAAAUGCUUGUUGUUUAAGCCAACCCAUCAUGUGGUGUUUGUCAUAAUAGCUCUGGCAAACCAAGACAGGGAGGGACCCAGAGCACACAUGGUUCUCAACGUGAUUCCCUGGCACCCUGGCUUUGAUAUUCAAGGACAUGAACUUGCUCUUUAUCACCGUUCACCUUCCACACUAGGAUUCCCUUGACAAUGAAAGCCUUGGAGGAUCCGGGACCCAGCUCACUUCCCCUUACUCCUCAAAUCUCUUAUCUCCGUCCCAUUCCUGUUGGUUUUAAAGAUGGGGUGGGAAGGGGGAAGGUGAGGGGAGAUGAACUGAGCCACAAAUUUUCAAAUGCUCAUUAUCAUAUUUUAAAAUUUGAUCAAACAAACAUAGUGCUUGCUAUGUGCCAGAUACUGUUCUAAGCCCUUGAAAAAAUACAUAAAGUCAAUUAACAUUUUGCAUGCAUUAUUUUAGGUAUUCAAUGGAUAGGGCAACAUAGCUUUUUGUGGUUUUA